UAGCUGGACUCUUGACACUGGAAGUGUCAUUCACGAACAGCUAUCAUGGCGGCUGGUUCGCUGCAACCCUCCAUGGCUCCCUAUUUCCCGGGUUACCGGCCUUUUGACCCGGAGUCACUGGGCCUGGGGGCCGGCUUCCGGCUCACCUCCUUCUCGGACAUGAAGGGCUGAGGAUGUAAAGUCCCGCAGGAGACGCUGCUCAGACUCCUGGCGGGACUGGAGGAGGGGGAGCCCGCGGAUCCGGAUGACGUCGGGAAUCCCAGGCUGGGUAUUGGGAUGGACUCGUGUGUAAUACCUCUUAGACAUAGGGGACUGUCCCUGGUUCAGACCACUGACUUCUUUUAUCCAUCGGUUGAAGACCCCUACAUGCAGGGACGCAUUGCCUGCGCAAAUGUGCUGAGUGACCUGUAUGCUAUGGGAAUCACGGAGUGUGACAACAUGUUGAUGUUACUCAGUGUCAGUCAAAAGAUGACAGAGGAGGAGAGGGAGAAAGUCACACCUCUCAUGAUUAAAGGCUUUAAAGAUGCGGCUGAAGAGGGAGGUACAUCUGUAACUGGUGGCCAGACUGUGGUCAAUCCUUGGAUUAUCAUUGGUGGAGUGGCUACAGUGGUUUGUCAAUCGAAUGAAUUCAUCAUGCCACACAACGCAGUUCCUGGGGAUGUCCUCGUUCUGACGAAACCUCUAGGAACACAAGUGGCUGUGAAUGCACAUCAGUGGUUGGACAAUCCUGAGCGCUGGAAUAAGAUCCGUCUAGUGGUGACCAGAGAAGAGGUUGAGCUGGCAUACCAGGAAGCCAUGUUUAAUAUGGCUACCCUGAACCGCACGGCGGCAGCUUUGAUGCACACCUUUAAUGCCCAUGCGGCCACCGAUAUCACUGGAUUUGGGAUCUUGGGCCAUGCACAGAACCUGGCACAACAGCAACAAAGUGAGGUCAGCUUUGUUAUCCACAAUUUGCCCAUUAUAGCCAAAAUGGCUGCCAUCACAAAAGCCUGUGGAAGCCGAUUUAGUUUACUUCAAGGAACAUCAGCAGAGACAUCUGGUGGUUUGCUCAUUUGCCUUCCCCGAGAGCAGGCUGCUCGCUUCUGUGCGGAGAUCAAAUCCCCAAAGUAUGGAGAGGGACACCAGGCAUGGAUCAUCGGCAUAGUGGAAAAAGGAAACAAGUCGGCCCGAAUUAUUGAGAAACCACGAAUCAUUGAGGUCACCCCAAGAGGGGCCGGGAGUAGCGAGAGCAGCAAUACACAGAGCGCUGAUGGACAGUGCUAAAGUAUGGUGCCUCUGGUAUGAAAAUGUAGCUGGACCUAUCAUUUCUUGGUCAUUGGUAAAUAAUGAUGGGAAUGGGACACAAACCUGGAUCUGAAACUUGAUUUUUGUGUUAAUUUUUUUUUUUUUCUCAUGAUGGAAAUAUUUUCAAGCCCAAAGACAAAUUUUAUUUUUUUCACCUUCACUCCUCAGCCCAGGCCUGAGCAGCUGGGUUUGUGAGAUGUGAAAGACUGGAUGCUGAAAUUCCUGAGAACCCCUCAUCUAUUUAUGAUGCCUUUCUCUGUUAAAACCCGUAAAGGGCUAGAAAAGGCUGAGACAAACACAGAAGAGGGGCAGACAGAUGAGACAGCAUUGGCUGGGGCCUUCACAAUGUUUUUACUAAACAUCAUGCCAUGUCAAACCAAAUAAACCUUUUGUUCUUG